AUGUCUGCUCACCCCGGUCAAACACCUGGUGUCUCCGCCCCAACGGAUCCAAAGUCUGCAAACCGUGCAAGAUUCGAACUCGAACUAGAAUUCGUCCAGGCACUGGCAAACCCUUACUAUCUCCACUCCCUGGCACAGCAAAACAUUCUAGAGAAACCUGCAUUUGUAAAUUACCUCAAGUAUCUGCUUUAUUGGAAGGAUAAAGAUUACGCACGAUUCAUCCACUAUCCCCAUGCGCUACACCACCUGGAAUUGCUCCAAAAUGCUCAAUUUCGGGCAGCUCUGAAAAAGGACGAAUUCUUGCGGGAUUAUUUGCAGCAGAAACAAUUCGAUCACUGGCGGACUUGGCGAGAUCCAAAGCACCUUAAUCCGUCUACUUCCAACACUUCUAAUGAAGCACCUGCUGACGAGACUGCUGCGGAUAAGCAGCAGCAGGCCAUUUGA